CCACGUCAAAGGCGAAAAUACACCCGACUUUCCUGCUCCCAACCUUCCAUGUUUCCUGUCGAUAGAGUGAUCAACUCAUCACAGGUGAACUAGGUUUAAAAGGGCUUUUGGAUUUACAGGUGCUCCAAGUAUCGAUAUAAAUUACUCCCAUAAGCCAAACCUCCCGCCCGUGGAGCUUCAGCAUUAUGGCAACUCCCGGGACAGCUCAACUCCAAGCUGCGGCUAUAUCAGCUAGCUUACCGGAAAGUGAGCAGAUGAAGGAAUAUGAGAAGAUUCUGAAAAUUAGCGACGACAUCUUUACUGGUGCUCACCCUAGGUUGAAAGUUCCCCAGCAAUUUGUGCGCAAGACCGCGUCUCGAAAUGCCCCUAAUCCCCCUACCCCAACAAGACAAGCUCAGGUAAAGACUGCUGGCGGUCAGAUUCCUUUCCAGGGUAAUCCAUCACAGUCCAAGCCAGCAGCUGCAGGAGUCGCGAGUGCGCAGACCCUCAAAAACAAUGCGUCAUCUGGUGUGACCAGCGCGCCUCAGUCUACGCGUAUUGUUCCCAAACCUACGUCGGAGAUUGAUCCGAUCUUCUUGACCAAAUCCGAUGAUCUAGUUAGAGCGGAAUUGCAGUUGCAACGACAGAGAGUGGAAAGGGCGUUACGAGAGCAGCUGGAACAAAAGAAGCAAGAGUCCCGGCAGCGGGCCGCCAUGCAGGACGCGAAGCCAGACUUUGAUGUCUCGGAAGUUUUAAACAAGGCCUUUGAGCUGGUUCCACCUUCACCAUCCAUCGAUGUCCCUGGGCCCAAUGGCAUGGAAGCCCCCAGUGACUCGUAUGAUGAAUCCUUCGACUCCAGUAGAGCCCCUGACUCUCCGAUCCAGCAGAAGCCAUCUUCGGCGCCUCUUUCUAAUUCAGAGGAAGUUGCUACUGAAGCUCCAGUAGAGAAUUACUCAGAUGAGUUGCAACGGCUUGAAGCCCUCAACAGACCUACAUCGGAUCAGGAAAUGCAAGAUACUUACCCGGUUGCAGACCGUCCAAGGCAGUCCCAGCAGGCUCAGGUAGAUCCCACGAACAACAACUUGCAGGCCAUUCAACAGCAGGCGGAUGCUUUCGAGGAGCCCGAGUAUUCGCCUCCCGCUCCAGGCAUACCGCCUAUGGAAACCGCGGACCUUCCACAACCGAUCGAGCAGAGACAACCACAUACGGACAAGCGCGGUGGACGAGACCAGGAGCCUCCUCGUCCCCAUCAAAAUCGUCGCAAAACAGUAUCACCUAGGGAUAACGUGAGGGUUGUGCGCAAUCAUAUCACUUCUCCUGCGGCCCCGCAGCCGUCAAGAGUCUCCCCUCUGGCCAUAGCUAAGCAUGCGAGACAGGAUCUUCGGGCUGCCAGUCCUGAAAUUCCGCCCCAGCAGUUGAUGCCGAGGAAACGUAGGAGAUUACAGGAAGACAGAAGCCGACCCGGCCCAGUCUCUUACAGACCGCAAGCAGGUGGCAGUACCGAGGCAUAUAUCAAGGAAGAGCCUGUCUCGCCGCCGCCUUUUGCUGACACGGCACCCACAAUCCAGCCUCAAGAAAGGCCGAUCUAUAUUGACAUUGCCUCGCCUCGUCCUCCCUAUACACCAGUGUACGAGAGAAUCGAGCCGGUGCGGGAGCCUGCAUAUGAGCUCGACCCUUAUCAUGAAGCUCAUGUUGAAGCCGCAUACCCAAGAACGGUUUCGAGGCUUAGUGUUCGGCGCCCGGUACGCGAUGACCAAGAUCUACGGAGGGUCGCAAGCUUACACCAGGCUCGGCAACCUGAGUAUGCUCGGGAGUACAUUGAGCGACCCAGCUCUCGCUCGCUGCGCGCUGCAUCCUACGCUAUUGUGGAGCGUCCUCCGCAAGAAAGAGUCAGGUAUUAUGACGAACCGCCCCAAGCUUACGCCAGACACUACGCCCCGACAGUUGGGUCGCCGACAUCGCCGCGCUACCAAGAGGCCUGGAUCGAAGGAAGUGCGACGGCACCUCCACGGCGGAUCUUGAUAGACGAGCAUGGAAAUCACUAUCGUGAGAGGACUCCACCGCCAAGAAUGCAGGCAAUGCCUCCACCCCCAGGUCGAAUAAUCCCGCGAGGCGAGGUCUACGAUGACGGCGCAGCACCGAUACGUCCUGGUGGUAGUGUUCGAGCAGUCUCCGUUGUUGAGGAUCCAUAUGGUGGCCGGAGAUACGUGCAGGAAAUGCCGCCGCCGCCAGCAGCUUAUCGACGGGUGACGGAAUACCCGCGGCCCGCCCCGAGCGAAAGGCGCAGCUACGUCGCGCCACUGGUUGACGACAGAGAGCCUUACCCACGCAGCAGUAGCGUUCAAGUUGCCGGGUAUCCUGCAUCUCGUGCGACCUACGUUGACGAGGCGGAUCUCCCGCGUGAGAGAAUCAUCAGGAUGCCAAGUGUCCGCCCUCCUGCUAGUCGAUAUGAGGAGCCUCGGGAGAUGAUCCCGCGGAUGGGAAGCGUCCGCCCAGCCGAACGAGAUGUAAGUGUUUAUGUAGACGAUGACGCUCGGCGGCCAAGAGAAUAUAUCGAGCGACCUGUUUAUGUUGCGCCACGCCCUCUGGCGAGAGAGGAAAGAUACUAUGAAGGGGAGCCGGAGCGAGUGGUCCUCGAUGGGAGAGAGACCGUUCAUCGGGUUUCCCAGCGUUAUUGAGCCCAGCACUGGGUCGAUUCAUUUGCAUGUAUGGAGUAAUCAUCACAAGUUAUCUAACUAAGGCUCUAAUGUACUCUCCUUCACAAUGAACAU